AGUACUGUGUGAGUUACAGAAGAUGUCAUUCGCCCGGAGACUGCUUGUAAGCGCUCCUAAAACAGCGUCAUUUCACCUUCUCAACCUGCUGUCAGUGAGAUCAUGUGCAGCUCCUCUCACCUCCACCUCCUCCAACACUGAACACCAGAAUACAUCCAGUACAGAUGCAGAAGUUCACCUCAGCCAGUCCUGUGUCAAGAGGCUCGCUGAAAUCAUGGAGAAAGGACAAUAUCUGAGAAUAGCAGUGGAGGGAGGAGGAUGUUCAGGAUUCCAGUAUAAAUUCUCUGUGGACAGUGUGAAAAAUGAAGAUGACAGAGUGUUUGAAAAGAACGGCGUAGGGAUAGUGGUGGACCAGGACAGUCUGGAGUUUGUGAAAGGAUCCACUGUUGACUUCAGUCAGGAGCUCAUUCGCGCUUCAUUUCAGGUGUUGAAGAAUCCUCAGGCUGAACACGGCUGCUCCUGUGGCUCCUCUUUUUCUGUGAAACUCUGACUCUCUUCCUGUCUGCAUAUCAGUUCAGAACACACAGCUUACAUGUCUGCUUAUUUACAGGUAGAGUUCACCCAAAAAAUGAAUGUUCACACACUAUUUACUCCCUCAAGUGGUUCAAAACCUUUAUGAGCUUCUUUAUUCUGUUCAACACAAAGAUAUUUUGAAGAAAGCUCUGACCAUUGACUGCUAUAGUAGGAAAAACAAAUACUAUGGAAGUCAGUCUUUACAGCUUUCCAGAUUUCUCUAGAAUAUGUCCUUUUGUGUUUAACAGAAUAAUGAAGCUCUUGAAGGAUAAAUAAUGUCAGAAUUUUCAGUUUUGAGUGAACUGUCCCUUUAAGAUCAGUCAGAGGCAUAAUAAUAUAAUAAUGUGAUCAAUGCUCAAUUUGUUACUAUGGUAAAUGACAUUCAGUGUUUUGUGUGUUGUACUGUAUAUAAGAAAGAUUGUAAAUAUAUAUCUAAAUAAAGUUAUAAGAUGAUAUGA